AUUAAUUAUAUAGAAUUAACAACUUGCUGUCUACAAGUAACUUAAAAUCAAGGUUAUGACUUGUGAAAAUAAUUGACUAACUCCUCUUUUUCGGGCCUCUGGUCUUAAUUUAUUAUCAUCCUUCACAUGUUUCUUUCUUUCUUUAUUUAUUUUCUGAACGAACCUUGAUUUGGAUUCUUGUAGCCCACCCUUUUUUGAUAUUCAUUUUCUUCUUUUGAGUUUUUAAUUUUGCCUUCAAAUAUAAAUUCCCACUAGUACUUCAUUGUUCGUUUCCAUCGCUGGAAAAUAUGGCGACCGAUCCUGAGCAGCCCUCUCUUUCUUCUAUCGAAAAGGUAGGAAAGUCUUCAAGUGAAAUUGGCGGUGCGGAGGAGCCUCUUCUUAAUGGGGGCACUAGCUCAGAGAACUACUCUGUUCUUGCUGCAAUUCUCCCAUUUCUAUUUCCAGCUCUUGGAGGACUAUUAUACGGUUAUGAUAUUGGGGCCACAUCCUGUGCUACGAUAUCUAUAGAGUCAUCCACAACAAGUGGAAUUUCAUGGUAUAACUUGAAUUCUGUGGAAGUUGGGCUCAUUACCAGUGGCUCAUUAUAUGGGGCCUUGAUUGGCUCUGUCUUGGCCUUUAAUAUUGCAGAUUUUUUAGGAAGAAGAAGGGAGUUGAUACUGGCUGCUUUGUUAUAUCUUGUUGGAGCAUUUGUGACAGCAUUAGCACCUGAUCUGGUUAUCAUGGUGAUUGGACGUUUUAUAUUUGGUAUUGGGAUAGGAUUGGCUAUGCAUGCUGCCCCAAUGUACAUUGCUGAGACAGCUCCAAGUAAGAUACGUGGUCAAUUAAUCUCCCUCAAAGAGUUCUUUAUAGUCCUUGGGAUGGUUGCAGGUUAUGGGAUUGGUAGCCUUUUAGUUGAUACUGUAGCUGGAUGGCGAUACAUGUAUGGAGCUAGUACUCCUUUGGCAGUAGUCAUGGGAAUUGGGAUGUGGUGGUUACCGCCAUCACCCAGAUGGAUACUAUUAUGUGCCAUACAGGGGAAAGGCAACAUGCAGGAUUUAAAAGAAACUGCAGUACGGUGCUUGUGUCGACUCAGGGGUGAGGCUAUUGGUGACACUGCACCUACCCAAGUAGAAGAAAUUCUUAGUGAGCUGACUUUCGUUGGUGAAGAAAAAGAAGCUUCACUUGGGGAAAUGUUCCGAGGAAAAUGCUUGAAAGCCCUUACCAUUGGUGCAGGAUUAGUUCUUUUUCAACAGAUCACAGGUCAACCAAGUGUACUGUAUUAUGCUGCCUCAAUCUUUCAGAGUGCAGGAUUUUCUGCAGCAUCUGAUGCAACACGUGUAUCAAUUCUACUUGGUUUUUUUAAGUUGAUCAUGACAGGAACAGCUGUCCUUGCUGUUGAUAGACUUGGAAGGAGACCUUUACUGCUUGGUGGUGUCUCUGGGAUGAUCAUCUCAUUAUUCCUUCUGGGGUCAUAUUACCUUUUCCUGGACAAUGCACCAGUUGUGGCUGUAGUUGCACUGCUAUUAUAUGUUGGAUGUUAUCAGUUAUCAUUUGGUCCUAUUGGUUGGUUGAUGAUUUCAGAGGUUUUCCCACUACGCCUAAGAGGGAGAGGACUUAGUAUAGCAGUGCUUGUGAAUUUUGGUGCAAAUGCACUUGUUACCUUUGCAUUUUCUCCUCUGAAGGCAUUGUUGGGAGCUGGAGUAUUAUUCUACGCGUUUGGAGUAAUAGCUGUGUUGUCGCUCGUUUUCAUAUUCUUCAUUAUACCAGAGACCAAGGGGCUCACUCUUGAGGAAAUUGAAGCUAAAUGCUUGUAGACAACCUUUGUACUGGAAACAGGAGUUCACUUAAUGUUUUUUUUUAUUUUUAAAAUCAAAAUACAAAGUAGGCUCUGUUGUGACAAGUUUACUGUCAGAUUGUAUUUUGGAAUAUAUGCAGAAGCAGGCAGUGUCACAAAUAGGUAUCUGAUAUUUCUUUAUUGUCAAUAAGAGCAUCAACAUCAUAUAUACUAAGCACGUUGCUGAAAUGUCAGUGCAUGUUGUAGCUA